AAUCCGGCCAACUACUGCUUCAACUGGAGGCUCCGUUAAGAAACAGAAUAAUAAAAAGCACUUGCCGCGCGGCAUGCGUUUAGACCACGACGAUUUGCUGCGUUUGGCCCGAGAACAAUUAUUUUGUAGCAACACAAAUGGCACAAAUGAAAGUAAUAAAAAUGGAACGAAUGAAAAUAGUACCAAAAAUGGUCUCAAGGAAAAUGAUGCUGUCAAAAAUGCUGAAACGCUGCUGCUUGCUCCAUUGGAUAGAGAAAUUGUUUCAUUGAAGAUACAAGUUCAAGCAAAUAAACAAGCUAUAGGCACUCUCAAACGUAAGAUUAAUUCAGAUACAAACUCAUCAACUACGACAAGCACUUCUUCAACAUCUAUCAAUGCAAGUGGUGGUAAUGGAACUUCGGCUAAUCAACUUAUUGAAGAAAUAAGACAAUGUGGUGAUGCAACACAUCCGAGUGUUAAAAUUACGACAAAAUGGUCGAAUGAAGAACUGCUAUUGGCUGUUCAAGGUGUGAGAAAAUAUGGAAAAGAUUUUCAGGCGAUUGCUGAAGCAAUUGGUUCUAAAACAGAGGCCCAUGUCCGCGCAUUCUUUAUUAACUAUAGACGAAGAUACAAUUUGGACAGUGUUUUACGAGACUAUGAGCAAGAAAAAAAUCAGACUCAACAGAUGGACAUAGAUAACAAUGAAACAGGAACUUUUUCCGAAAGUAAUUCCCAAGCGCCGAUGGAAGCAUCAAAAUAAUAUCAUUAUAGAAAAUUUUAAUAUAGAUAUAUAAUUUUAUAUGCAUGUGUUGUGACACAUGCGCCCCCUUAGCUAUAAGUUCGAAUGUGUGAAUAGUAAACUUUAUUAUGAAUAAGAUAUAAAUUAGUUAAACAUAGAUUAUUAUAAAUAAUAAAUUGAUUUGAUAAGCA